AUGUCACAUCUUGGGACUUUCGGCUUUGUACCGGGUUAUUACUGUUGGUAUCACCAUGGAGAAAGUUAUCCAUAUCCAAGCGUGCUUAAUGAUUAUCCAGGAGAAGCUUUGGGUGAAACUGUGAAUUCUCAGUCUGAUAAUGCAUUUCGGUCUAUGGUUUUUGAUGUUGCUGGGCCUUCUUAUGAUGGCAACUUGGAAGAAGACCCAAGUCCAACGGCACAACAUCUUUAUGAUUUUCUCAAAGCGUCAGAACAGGAAAUUUGGGCGGGAAACCCACAUGGACAUUCACAAUUAUCUGUCGUUGCUCGUUUAUUGAAUCUAAAGGCAGAACAUCAUUUUUCUGAAAGGUUGUAUGAUGAGUUAUGUCAAUUUCUACCAGAAUUGGUGCCAACUAACAACAUAAUGACAUAUAGCUUCUAUAAUAGUGAACUUGUCAAUUGCAAGUUUUGUGCUCACCCUCGAUUCAAGAGAUCAAAACAUUGUCGUUCCAAGCAGAAGACUAAUAUUCCUUAUAAGCAGAUGUCUUAUUUUCCUUUGACUCCGCGUCUGCAAAGGUUAUAUGCAUCUAAUGCUACUGCAAAGCAUAUGAGAUGGCAUUCUGAGCAUGAAAGGGAUGGUGUCAUGUGUCAUCCCUCAGACGCUCCUGCUUGGAAGCAUUUUGAUCAAGCAUAUCCAUGUUUUGCAUCCGAAAGUAUAGCAGGAAAAUUAGCUUGUCCUUAUUGCAAGGAAGACUCAGAUGCUUUUUCACUACCCAAUGGUAGAAAAGUCUCAUGGUUUGACAAUCAUAGAAAGUUCUUACCAUCGAAUCAUCCGUGGCGAAGGAACAAAAAAUGGUUCAAGAAAGGCCAGACAGUACAUAAAGUUGUAUCAACUGAACAAUCGGGUUUACAAAUACUUAGGGAGAUUGAAGAUUUAGGGCUCAUGAAAGUCACAGAACUUUGUUCUAAUGCGAUAAAUGCAAGAAUCUCAAAGAAUAGUAGUUGUGGUUGGAAGAAAAGAAGUAUAUUUUGGGACUUGCCUUACUGGAAGACAAAUCUUAUUAGGCAUAACCUUGAUGUGAUGCACAUAGAAAAUAAUGUGUUCGAUAACAUUUUUAACACCUUGAUGAAUGUCAAGGGGAAAACAAAGGACAAGGCAAAAUCUAGAGUAGAUUUGAAAUUACUUUGCCAUCGUCCAGAGUUACAUCAGGAUGACAGUACCCAAAAGUAUCCAAAAGCUUGUUAUAUGUUAGACGAUAAUGCAAAAUAA